AUGGCUCCCUCACACAUUCAGAUCCCCAAGCGGGAGCCCGGCCUUCUGUCUGCGACGUUGGCCUCGCCGGGAAUAGCACACAUGGCCACCACCACGCUGCGCGUGAGCGGCAUGACUUGCGGCGCAUGUACCUCUGCCGUUGAAGCUGGCUUCAAGGGCCUCGAAGGCGUCGGCAGCGUCUCCGUCAGCCUCGUCAUGGAGCGCGCCGUCGUCAUGCACAACCCUGCCAAGAUUUCCGCCGACCAGAUCCAGGAGAUUAUCGAGGAUCGUGGCUUCGACGCCGAGGUUCUCGCCACCGACCUGCCCAGUCCCGUCGUCUCCCGCCAUCCGAGCGUCGCCAUCGAGCCGAGCACAGUCUCCACGACCGUCGCCAUCGAGGGCAUGACAUGCGGCGCCUGCACCUCCGCCGUCGAAGGCGGCUUCAAAGACGUCCCCGGCGUCAAGAGCUUUAGCAUUUCUCUGCUCUCCGAACGAGCCGUCAUCGAGCACGACCCCAGCCUUCUUACCGCCGAGCAGGUUGCCGAGAUCAUCGAGGACCGCGGCUUCGGCGCUGAGAUCAUCGACAGCGUACGAGCGGCGCCAGCUGGCAAGGAAGACGAUGCCGCCAGCAACGUCGCCACCACGACUGUUGCGAUCGAGGGCAUGACCUGUGGUGCAUGCACCUCUGCCGUCGAGGGCGGCUUCAAGGGCGUGGACGGUAUUCUCAAGUUCAACAUUAGUCUGCUCGCCGAGCGAGCCGUCAUCACACACGACGUUACGAAAAUAUCCGCCGACCAAAUAGCGGAGACUAUCGAAGACAGAGGCUUCGAUGCCGCUGUUCUAUCAACAACUUUUGACGUGCAGGAUAUCGGCGCCGGAACGACCACCGCCCAGUUCAAAAUCUAUGGAAACCCGGACGCUACUGUAGCGAAGGAGCUGGAGAUCAAAAUCCGUGGACUCGUCGGUGUCAAAUCUGCGUCUCUCAGCCUGUCCACAGACAGGUUGUCCGUCGCAUACAACCCAACGGUCAUCGGAAUGCGAGCCAUCGUCGAGGCUGUCGAGCAAGAGGGCUUGAAUGCGCUUGUCGCCGACAGCCAGGACAAUAAUGCUCAACUGGAGUCGCUCGCCAAGACGCGCGAGAUUACAGAGUGGAGGACAGCGUUUAGAACAUCGCUAUUCUUUGCCGUGCCAGUCUUCAUCAUUGGCAUGAUCCUGCCCAUGGCAUUGCCCAGCCUAGACUUUGGCAAAAUUUCACUGCUCCCUGGCCUGUUCCUAGGCGAUGUCAUCUGCCUGGCUCUUACCAUGCCCGUUCAGUUUGGCAUCGGUAAGCGCUUCUACAUUUCCGCAUACAAGUCCGUCAAGCACGGCUCUCCCACCAUGGAUGUCCUGGUCAUCCUCGGCACGUCAUGCGCCUUCUUCUUCAGCGUCUUUGCCAUGCUGGUCUCGCUGCUCAUGCCGCCUCACUCCCGGCCUAGCACCAUCUUUGACACAAGCACCAUGCUCAUCACCUUCAUCACCUUUGGCCGCUACCUCGAAAACAGCGCCAAGGGCCAGACAUCCAAGGCACUGUCCCGGCUCAUGUCCCUGGCCCCUUCCAUGGCGACCAUCUACGCAGAUCCCAUCGCAGCCGAAAAAGCCGCCGAGGCCUGGGCCAAAUCCAGCGAUGCCACGACGCCACGAACACCCCGUGUACCCGGCUCGGAAGGCUCCGCUUACGAAGAAAAGUCGAUCCCCACUGAGCUGUUGCAGCUCGGAGACAUUGUCAUUACUCGCCCCGGUGAUAAGAUUCCCGCCGACGGCACCGUCGUCCGUGGCGAGACUUAUGUUGACGAGAGCAUGGUGACGGGCGAGGCCAUGCCCGUCCAGAAGCGCCUCGGCGACAAUGUCAUUGGCGGCACCGUCAACGGCAACGGCCGCGUCGACUUCCGCGUCACGCGCGCCGGCCGCGAUACGCAGCUCAGCCAGAUUGUGCGGCUGGUGCAGGACGCGCAGACGACGCGCGCGCCCAUCCAGCAGGUCGCCGACACCCUCGCCGGGUACUUUGUGCCGACGAUUCUCGUUCUCGGCCUCGGCACGUUCCUCACCUGGAUGGUGCUGUCGCACGUGCUGCCCAACCCGCCGUCGAUUUUCCUGCAGAACGCGAGCGGCGGCAAGAUCAUGGUGUGCGUGAAGCUGUGCAUCUCCGUCAUCGUCUUUGCGUGCCCCUGCGCGCUGGGCCUCGCGACGCCCACGGCCGUCAUGGUCGGCACGGGCGUGGGCGCCGAGAACGGCAUCCUCAUCAAGGGCGGCGCGGCGCUCGAGCGCACCACAAAGGUCACCAAGGUCGUCCUCGACAAGACGGGCACCAUCACCCACGGCAAGAUGAGCGUCGCCCGCAUGACGCUCGCCCCGGCGUGGAGCGGCAGCACCGACAACGACGGCACACGCAAACGCCUCUGGUGGGCGCUCGUCGGCCUCGCGGAGAUGGGCAGCGAGCACCCCGUCGGCAAGGCCAUCCUCGGCGCAGCCAAGGACGAGCUCAACGUCGGCCCCGAGGCGGCCAUGCCCGGCAGUGUCGGCGAGUUCAAGGUCAGCGUCGGCAAGGGCGUCGUCGCGCAGGUCGAGCCCGCGCUGUCUGCCGACCGCACGCGCUACCGCGUCGUCGCCGGCAACCUCAAGCACCUCAACGACCACGGCAUCCCCGUCCCCGAGGACGCCGUCGAGGCCGCCGAGCAGCUCAACGUCCACGCCGCCGAGAACAAGACGUCCUCCUCGCGCAGCAAGUCGGCCCGCGCCUCCUCCUCGGGCACGACCAACAUCUUCGUCGCCGUCGACGGCGAGUACACCGGCCACCUGUGCCUCUCCGACACCAUCAAGGACGGCGCCGCGGCCGCCAUCUCCGUCCUGCACCGCAUGGGCAUCAAGACGGCCAUUGUCACUGGCGACCAGCGCUCCACCGCGCUCGCCGUCGCCGCCGCCGUCGGCAUCGCGCCCGAGGACGUCUUUGCCGGCGUCUCCCCCGACCAGAAGCAGGCCAUCAUCCGGGACAUGCAGUCCCACGGCGACGUCGUCGCCAUGGUCGGCGACGGCAUCAACGACUCGCCCGCGCUCGCCACCGCCGACGUUGGCAUCGCCAUGUCCUCCGGCACCGACGUCGCCAUGGAGGCCGCCGACGUCGUCCUCAUGCGGCCCACCGACCUCGUCAGCAUCCCCGCCGCCCUCGCCCUCACCCGCGCCAUCUUCCGCCGCAUCAAGAUGAACCUCGGCUGGGCGUGCCUCUACAACCUCGUCGGCCUACCCGUCGCCAUGGGCUUCUUCCUCCCCCUCGGCUUCCACAUGCACCCCAUGAUGGCCGGCUUCGCCAUGGCCUGCUCCUCCGUGUCGGUCGUCGUCUCCAGCCUGCUGCUCAAGUUCUGGAAGCGCCCGCGGUGGAUGGACGAGGCCGCCGCGGAGCGCACCGGCGGCCUGCGCUGGCACGCUGGACGCGGCAUCGUCGGCUGGGUCAGGGAGAUGCUGGGCUCGCGCGCCGGUGGCAAGGGCGACGAGGGGUACGUGCCGCUGCAGAACAUGGAUGCGUGA